CUCCGAAGUCACAACUGCCGUUCGUUACUACCGCAGCAACCAAUCUUGACCGUUAAAUGACUUCACCAACGCCGUUCUCUACGGCGGAGGCUGUAGAAUCAAUCAACCUCUCUCUCUCCGACCUCAGCGACAACAGCAAUAACCAGGACUUCUUCGAGAAUCCCCGCCGCUUCUGCGUCUACGUCACGCGCCUCCAGCUCCUUCUCAACACUCUGAUCCGUACUUCUUCCUCGCCUGAUACUCUUUCUCCGUCCGUGCAGACCGCUUUGAAAGGCAUCGCUGGAGAUUUGGCCAAGGCCGUGGAAACGGUGUUGGUUUACCGAAACAGAAGCAAGAUUUUUGUUCUCAUUAAUUGCAUUUCUUUGUCCGAUGCGCUCCAGGAGUGCACGAAAGCUAUCGGCGCAUGGCUCGCUUUGACCGAAACCUCUCUUCACGAUCAUCCCGAACUUCGGAAAAAAAUCUCCGAUCUCUCGCGUGACAUGAAAGAAACUUUGUUCAAAGUUACUGACAAUGAAGAGCGUGUGCAUUGCACGCUACAGAAGGAGGGUGAAGCAAGACAGACGACGAAAGCAGUUCAGAGCGCAAUAAUAAUGGACUUAAUGAGAACGUUAGGUCUUGAAUCCAAUGAUUUAACUGAAUUAACGAAACAAAUCAAGCAGUUAAGGACUGACUUGGCGCGUUCCAGUUCGGUUCCUGAGAGACGAAUUUUGAGUUCAUUACAACGAAUCUUGGAUUCUUGGUGUAUUGUUCCUGACAUUUCGAGCCUAAAUUUUGAUAUUGAAACGGAAGAUGAUGUUAACAUUUCUCCAUUUAAAAGCUUUUUAUGUCCUUUAACUAAAGAAGUUAUGAAAGAACCAGUAGUUUUGGAGUCAUCACAGACUUAUGAAAGAAAGGCAAUUGAGUAUUGGUUUGAGAGGUGUUUAGACGAUUGUCGAGACCCGAUUUGCCCUGUAACAGGGCAGGUGUUGGAGUCAUUGGAGCUGAAACCGAAUAUCGGUUUGGCUGGAGCUAUUGAGGAGUGGGUAAAUAGGAAUGUUGAUUUUCAGGUAAACAAAGCGGUGGAGGUUCUAGGUGAGGAGAAUCCUCAAGUGGAUUGUGUUGAAAGAGUGUUGGACAUUGUUUAUAAGAUCUCGGAGGAGUAUCCUUUCAAUAGGUACAGGGUUAGGAAUGCUGGUGUUGUGUUGCUUAUAGUUAAAGUGCUCAGGAAUUCUUCUAAGAGUAUUAGAACCCAAUUGAGGAGUAAAGCUCUCAUGGCUUUGCUUAGCAUGGCAAAGGACGAAGAAAGCAAGCNGUCUGGUUCAUCAUUAAAUUCUGGGCAUGAACUGACAUAUUGGUACAGUGUAAAUGCUGUACUCUUCUCUUCAACCAUUCUUCAUCUUCAUAAGUGA